AAGGGAGCAAACACCCACAGUCGAUGGAGAGCGGUCAACAUAACCAGCGGCAUGUCAAUCACCCAAGGCCGUUCUUCUAUGUUCAACCGGCUUCUCAACCUUACUACAACAUGUAUCAUCAUCACAAUCAGUGGCAUAAUAUGAACAACCCAUACAACCACUAUGGUUUACCUGGUUCAGGUAGGCCUAUCUUUCAUGUUUAUUGCUAUGUCCCAAAUGGCACCCUAUUUCCUAUGUAAUGCUGUAGUGCACUGCUUUUGACCAGGACCCUGUAGUGCGUUAUAUAGGGAAUAGCUGCCAUUUGGGACUUACAUUUUAUUUGUCAAACCAGAAUUUCAAUGGAUUAUGGAUUAUUACAGUGGUUUAGUGAAUGAUUUUCUUGGAUACAAAUAUUGCUGCAUGGUCAUAUUGUCUUAAAAAACCCUUAUGUUCUCCACAGGAGGUUAUCCCUUUGGACGUCCUAGUCCAUACAUGUCCCCAUACCCGUACAUGCAGUAUCCUGGUGGAUAUGUUGUCCCACACACUCCACACAUGCAUCCAGUUGAUUACAGACGCAUGUAUGAACCAUCUCAUUUUCAUCCACCUCCUGUGCAUGACCCCAUAUUCCGCCACCAACAGCAGCACCAACAACAACACCACCAUGUAUGUAUUAUUUUGCAACUUGUGCGCAGAUGAAUAAGGCAAUGAAAUAUUUUUUAAUUAGUUCAUUCACCACCACCAGGCUCACGCCCAUAGAGAGGUGGUCUGUUCUGAGGCGCAGACGGACCCGAAUGAUGCGCUCAACAAGCUCAUAGAAUGUCUGGACAAACUCAGGGCCAACGAGAUGCAGGGCUCUGAGAAAGAACUGGAUUCCGGUGUCGUUUCCCAAUCUUCCGGAAUAUUCUCGCCAGAUGGGGAAACUAAAUCUUGUGAGGUGGUGGUGGGGGGAGACAUACACGGUGGUCAUGGAGCCUCGUGUGGUAAGUUGGAAGGCAGCCAAUUGCAGUCGUCAUUUCCGAUGGGCAGUUUGUUCAGCGUCGGUGACUCCACGGCGGCGGUCUAUGACCGUGAGUCAAGCCGGAGCCUCGGUGGGCUGGGUCAGGAGGGCUGGGCUGUAGACUCUGAUGAGGAGCCCCCAUUGGACAGCUCAUCUGUUCACGAGGAGCAUAAGGAGAACCUGGACCCGCAGCAACAUGCGGAGGAGGAGUCUCUUCAUCGCUGUUCUUCUGAAAAUCUUUGCCUCCAGUCUGCUGUCUUGCAGUCAGAAAACAGCCCCAGACCUGAAAACACAGACAACCAGGCAGAGGAGGAUAGCACCAAUCCAGACUGUACUAGCUCCACCGAGGGACUUAUGAGGCAGGGCCACUGCUCCAACCUGCUCUCCCCACAGUCACUACCAUCCCCCAUAGCCUCUGACUGGCAAGCCUUAGAGGACACUAAACGUGGGGAAGAAACGUUUGAUGUUCCAAAUAGGAAAGGUCUGUCUAAACUGGAUGUUGACCUUUCCUACCAGAUCCUCCAUCUGCCCUUUGACAAGGUAACUUUUUACUAUAAUUUUUAUUGAAUACUUUUUUUUUUGAUUCUGCAGUGUUUGUUGAGACCUUGUAAGCAUUUCAUUUUCUUCUCUAUAUUAUGACAAACUUUUAAUUUGAUUUAAUUUGGACAAGGUCCUGACAGCUGGAGCUCUGCAGAAGGACUGCUCUGCCAGCUCCAGCUCUGCUCUGCUGUGUGGAGACCUCCAGGCUUCCCUGUCCUCCAGCCGGAUCACCACCACCUCCUCCCCAGCCCAUCACCACUACUAUUCCUACUACUGUCCCCCACAGACUGCCCAUGAAAGGCUCAGCGUCCUCAGUCCCUCCCUGGAUGAGCUCUCGUCCCGAGAUGAGAUGUUCUCCACCGACCUGGAGGACAUGGAUCGGUUUCCCAGAAGCUCCGUCUACGCAGGGAGGAGGUUCUCUGCGGAGGUCGAGCACCUCGGAGAGCCAGAGGUCAAGAAUGUCUGUCCUAAGUCCAAGAAGCUCUUGUGCGCCUGCUGUGGCUCGAGCCUGUUGAAAGGAGGGGCAAGCAGGGUUAAAGUUCAUCACGGCCCGAGUGUGUAUGCAGAUGAUGAGGCGGGGGAUUCUGAUGAAGUUGUCGAGCAGGAACAACAAUCUGCAAGGACGUGUGAGGAGAGAGCGCACCCCACUAGAGUGGUUGUGCAGAAGCACCCUGUCCCCAAGAAACACCAGCCUCUACACAUCCAACAGCAUCCCAAACCCAGCUGUAAGAGAGGCCAGUGUAGAGAGGCUGUCGGACCAGAAGAGCAGCAGGAGGAACCAGAGAUGGUGCUGGUGGGAUCAGAGCUGGAGUAUUAUGAAGGCCAUGUGGUGGAGGGUGGACAGGAUGUGGGGGAUAAGGAACACAGGACAUGCAAAGGUAAGUAUUCUUCAUAAAAAAUAGAUUCACUAGAAUGGGCAUAGAACCUCCGACCAUGGCAAUUUCAUUAGUAAACUCAUGGGUACACUAAUGGCCACAAGUAUGCCCAUUAGGGCAUCAUUGACUUAACUAGGGACUACCAUUUUAGUGAUUAUAUUUAUGUAGUAGUCUUUCCCAUGCAAGGCUGUGAUGUCAUGUGACUGAACAUGGUUUUACAAAUGAAACCAAUGUUUGUUUUUUUUUUAAGAACAUUGGUUUCUCACUACUCACACAUUAUUGGGGCCAGAGUUGGCAGAUUUUGACAUACCUAUACACUAAACCAUAGAUCUGCUCUCUCUCUUCUAGAUGGACUAUGUAGAGAGGGCAUGGCUACUUCAGAUCCAGGCAGGUGGGAGAGGGAUAGGGCCAAGCCCAGACGAAAACCACACACCUCACUGCAAGGUAAUAUAAACCAAUCCUGAUCAAUAGAUUUGAAUGGAUAUUCUUUAGCUGUCCUAAAUACCUGCAGCAUUGACCUGGGUCCAUAUGUGUCAAGAAUCUGAGUAGGAGUGCUGAUCUAUGAUCAGAAACCCCCCCCCCCCCCGUCCGUCCAUGUAACCUUUGUUGUUGUGAUCCAAAAUGCAAAACUGACCCUAAAUCAGCACUCUGAAACGCUUGACACGAAUGACUCCAGAUGUGUUUUCUAUGAAUGUGAGAGCGUCAUGGUUCAGGCCUGGUUGUUUUCAGAGAGACUGGCACUGAGGAAAGCUCUGUGUAAGCCAUUGGUGUAUCAGAGAGUGAGAGAUGAGGAAGAGGAGCCACCACGA